UAAGAAGCUAGAAAUUGUCCUGCUGGGGAAAAACAGAUCAGACAUCUGCAGAGUGGGGAACUUCAUCCUGGGCAAAAAUGCCUUUGAUACUGAAGCUCCACCUCCUUCAGUAGAGCAGCACAGUGAGAAAGCUGGAGGAGUGGUGGAGGGUAGAUACAUCACCAUCAUCAGCAUGCCUCACCUGUUCCAUCCUCAGCUCUCUGAAGAAGAGCUGAAUCAGAGGGUGAGAGAGUGUGCAGCUUUGUGUUCUCCUGGACCUCAUGUUCUAGUGCUGAUUUUACAUCCAGGCGAAUUCACAAAGCAAGAUUGUGACAAAAUUAGAACCAUAUGGAACGCUUACAGCACAGUCUCCAUGAAAUACACUGUAGUGGUGACUACAGGCGAAGGCCAUAGUUCAAGUGUCCUCUGGUCUCGAUUCAUUAAUGAGAAUAAUUUGAAACAGUACAGAUAUGAAGACAUAUCUAAAUUUGACAAAGAUCAAGUUUCUCAGCUUUUGAAGAGCAUAGAUGAGGUGGUUAGAGAGAAUGAAGGAGAUCACUUGACCUGCAAAAUGAAUGAAUUAAUGGCAGAGAGGGAGAAGCGCCCUGCAUUAUUGCGGAGAGGCCAAGCCAUAAUCAAAACGGCAAAAAUAUCCAGCGAUAAAGAUGCUGGAAUGAAGAGCCAGAGGGACAACCCUAAACCAACAGUAUCUGAGCUGAAGAUACUUCUGCUGGGGAAAAGCAGCUCAAAGAUCAGCACAGUGGGGAACUUCAUCCUGGGCAAAGAUGUGUUUGAUACAAAAGCUCUGCCUCCUUCAGUAGAGCAGCACAGUAAGAGAGCUGGAGGAUCGGUGGUGGGAAAAAACAUCACCCUCAUCAACACUCCUCACCUGUUCCAUCCUCAGCUCUCAGAAGAACAGCUGAAUCAGAGAGUGAGAGAGUGCAUGAAUCUGUGUUCUCCUGGACCUCAUGUUCUAGUGCUGGUUCUACAUCCAGGCGACUUCCCUGAGGCAGACAGACACAGACUGGAUCACAUCCUCCGCUCUCUGUCUAAAGACCCGAAAAAACACAUGCUAGUAGUAACAACACAGAGACGGCAGUCAGUCUCUGGUGAAUAUAUAGUUGAUGAGAACAUCAAUCAGAUCAUUGCUGCAUGCAACGAAAGGCAUUUCAAGUUUAGCAGCGAGUGUAGCCGUUCUGAUCUACUGAAAAUGAUUGAGAUGGUGGUUGAAGAGAACAGGGAAGGGCAGAGUAAAUGGGAAGUUCCACCAACAAGAGAACAGCAACAUCUCAAACAAAAACCCCAAAGAGUGUAUGAACAGCCUGUGAGAGAGAAGAAAACUUCUUCACCUGCAACUGAACUUAAAAGCAUUGAGAAAUGUAAGUAG